AUGUUUUCAACUAAAGUGUUAUCUCUCGUUAAAUUAAACAACACUCUAAAAAUACACAGAAUAAAAACAGUGGUACCUCUCCUUCAAAAUAAUAUAAAACGACACAAGAAUGAUUUGCAUGAACCAGAUUAUUUAAUAAGUAUGGAACCGGAUGAGCCAGUAUAUGACUGUUUAAAUUUACAACUAAAGGGAUAUGAUUUUGCAUUGUUAGAAUCUUGCCAAGCUGAAAUACACCGUUUCGCUGAAGUAAUGGGAAUACAAGUUGAUGAGUGUUGGGCGACACCUGCACAACAAUUGAAAGUACAGCGCUUUAAACCCAAAGGAACUGUUGUGGAUGCAGAAUACAACCUCAAUGUUUAUGAAAGAAAUGUGCAGGUUGUUGAUGUACCUGCUUGGGCAUUAGGUACAUUACUUCGAGUUGCAAGAGCAAUAUUGCCAGAGGGAUGCUCUUUGAAUGUCCAUGAGCACACUGUGGAACAUGAAGAAAUCCGUUAUGUUCCUGAUAAUGAGCUUCUAGACCUGAAACAGCAACUAGAAGAUAUGGGUGGUAGUCGUCCAGAAAAGAAGAAGCGAAAA